AUGCUAGUAGUUGGAUUAGUUAUAGGAUUUAUUUUAGGAUAUACUGUGUCCAAUUAUAGCGUUCACCAUUUCUUGAUAAAUUCGUUAGAUAUUUCAUAAAUAGAUGACACGUAAAAGGUUUAAGUUUUAAUCUUAAUAAUUCUGUCAUCUAUGAUAUUUUCAUUCCUUGUUUUUAUGCCAAUUAAGAAAAUUAUAAAUGGUUUUGAACAAAUAGAAAGAGGUAAUAUAUAGCCCUAAUACAGAGAGGGAGUAUUUCCAAAUGAAGACAUAAAAUCAGCUUAAAAAUCUUCUCAAAAUAACAUUUAAAGACUUUAAUCAGGAAGCAAUGCAAGCUCAGGUAGUAAUCAAAAAAUUUGA